CUGCUGCUGCUGUGUCCGACGUUACCAAACACAGCAGGUCGGACUCUGUAUGCGAGUUAUCCGGCAGUGAAGCAGACAGGUACCGUGAGGCCUUCACCCUCCCAGGAUGAGCGCCCUCCGGUCCUUCCUGGCCUCCUCCGCGAUGGUUGCUAUGCUGGGGCUCGGCUACGGGAUGUGGUCUUUGAUAGCUCCAGGAGAAGAGAGGCAGAGAGAGAUCAUCAAGAAUCUGCCUGAAUCGAACCCAGUGAGAAUGGAAGAGACGAGGAGGAGGAACGCUCUGGUGAUGCAGGCCCUCAAGGAGGCUGCUGAAACCAACGAGAAUGUUGCAAGAGGACUCGGACGAUUUGGGAAGUGAACAGUCCCAGCUCUGCGACCUGUCUGCAGAGCCUCCAUGUGUCGAAUGCUGCUGGCAUGCUGGUCCAGAACAAAGAUGGACAUUACAUUCUCUUACACGAAGGUUGUUUUCUAAUAGAAAUCUGUAAUGUUUGUCUGUAAUAUUAUAUGUGACAACAAACCAAUGUUUAAGUUUUAUGUUAAGUUUAUUAAAACUCUUCACACAACCACA